AUGGGCACCUUGGGCAUCUUUGUUCUCGGCGUGACCGCAAUCUAUUUCGGGCCAGAAUAUGCAGGUUGGGAAUCAAGGAUUUGGACUGCCGUCGGCUUUUGCGUGGUUCUCGCCUUGUCCAAAACACCGUCUUCGCGGAACUUGCUCACUGGGAACUCGAAGUCAUUCUUGGUAGAAACUCCCUAUGUACUGAUCAGAGGAUGGCUCAAGGAUUUCCCUAAUGAAGGCCUUCUACGCUACUAUAUCGUCGGGAACCUUGAAUGGGUUAUGCCCACUAGUCCUGAGGCUUUGAAGGAAAUACUUGUUACGAAAGCUUACGAGUUUGAAAAACCGGAGAUCAUGAAAUAUGGCUUACAGAAGACCCUUGGACACGGUAUUCUACUUGCUGAAGGUGAAGAGCAUAAGAUACAUCGCAAAAACCUGAUGCCUGCUUUUUCUUACCGUCAUAUCAAGAAUCUGUACUCAGUAUUCUGGUCUAAAAGCGUAGAAAUGGUCAAGAUGAUUGAACAAGACCUGUUAUCAAGGACUGGCGAAGAUAACGUCGUUCGCAUUGGCGACUGGGCCAGCCGCAUAACGCUUGACAUCAUUGGCGUGGCAGGUAUGGGCUGCGACUUUGACGCGCUUAAAAGCCCGGAAUACACGCUACAUCAGUCUUACAAGACGCUAGUCUCGCAAACCCUCAGUGAGAAGCUUUUAUUCCUGCUGGGAGUACUGACCCAUCCGCGAUACACUCUCAAUCUUCCCACAGCACGAAAUAGGGAAAUGAAGAUGUGCAAUGCGCGUAUUCGUAGUGCUGCACGAGAGGUCAUCCAGCAGAGAAAGGCCAAAAAAACGAAUAUCGAGACGGACAUCGAUAUAAUCUCGGUCGCCUUGCAAAGUGGGCUGUUUGAUGAAGAAAGCCUAAUCGACCAAGCAAUGACCUUCCUGGGAGCAGGCCACGAUACGACAGCGGCAUCAUUGCAGUGGUCGAUUUACGCGUUGUGCAAACACCCGGAUAUUCAGACGAACCUACGCGAAGAAGUCCGCGCACACCUCCCAGCAAUCUCAGGCUCAGAUACAGAGCACGUGAGUGCCUCUACACUCGACAAUCUCCCCUAUUUGAGCGCCUUCUGCAACGAGGUUCUUCGUUUUUACCCCGCCGUCCCAAAGACCGUGCGGAGGGCAGUCCACGACACUACCGUUAUCGAUAAACGUAUUCCUGAGGGCACGCUUAUCGUUCUCGCCCCCGAAGUCAUCAAUCAUAUGGACGAAAUGUGGGGUCCGGAUGCUGACAAGUUCGAUCUACAACGCUUCCUCAAGCCUGGCCAGGCUAAUGUCGGAGGUGCGACCAGCAAUUUCGCCAAUAUGUCCUUUCUGCAUGGUCCUCGUAGCUGCAUUGCUCGAGGCUUUGCUAAAGCUGAACUUGCUUUCAUGGUGGCUGCCAUGGCUGGUCGAUUUCAGAUGGAGCUCAAGUAUCCGGAUGCUGAGUUGCGGACUCAUGAAACUUUGACUCUGGUGCCAGCUGAUGGAGUCUUGGCGAUACUGACUCCGUUAGAUGGAUGGUGA